UUUCACACAGCUAGCUGCCACUCAUUUUAAUGUGUAGCCAUGUACUACGACUUUCUCUUUCCCUGCAUGAGACACAAGCUCCUGCGGUGCAACUGAUCAAUGCUGAUCUGAGGGAUAAACCCUGUUUUAUGUGUAGGAUUAAACAGUGAGUGUGUCAGAGAGGAUCUCUGUGCUCAUGGAUUGCAUUGGCGGAUCCCCUGGGCUGUUGAGGAGCUUCAAGAGGGACGACUUUGAGGCUGACUGGAUUAAAUUGGCAGAAUGCAGAUUUGGUCAAGUGUACCAGGUCAAACUGAAGCUCCAGCAGGAAAAAUAUGCCUUGAAGAGCUUUGACACAGCCUUGUGUGCAACUAACUUUUACAGGAGACUAAUAGACGAGGCAUCCAUCAUAGCAAAAGUGAAUUCCAAGUACAUCGUGUCCAUCUACGGACUGUGCAGUGAGCCGACUGCUGUGGUGAUGGAGCACAUGAGUAAUGGAUCACUGAACAAUCUCCUAGCCAGUCACACUUUAAUGUGGCCAAAGAAGUUCCAGAUGAUUCACGAGGCCUCUAUGGGAAUGAAUUUCCUUCACAGCAUGAAACCUCCACUUCUCCAUCUCAACCUCAAGACAUCCAACGUCCUGCUAGAUGCACACCUCCACGUCAAGAUUUCAGAUUUUGCUUUAGUCCACUGGGAAGAGGGCAUGAGCAAGAAGUUGUUCAUGGAGCAUCUGACAGUGAGAGGAAACAUAAGUUACAUUCCUCCAGAGACAUUCACUCAGUGCCCCGAUCCUCCAGGAACUACCUUUGAUGUUUACAGCUUUGGCAUAGUAAUGUGGGAGAUCCUGACUCAGCAGAAACCACACGCAGGGUGCAGCAUGACCACAGUGCUCUUACAGGUUUCACACGGUAAGAGACCCUGUGUGGAGAUGAUACCCGAACAGAGGCCCCGCGAGUGUGAUCAGAUGAUCAGCAUCAUGAAGCAGUGCUGGGACCAGGAUCACGGGAGGAGGCCACAGUUCUCAGACACUGUGAGGAAAAUUGAGACUCUUAGUGGAGUCUUGAAGAUCCCAGGACCAACCCAAGGCCAGGAAAAUGGUGACGAGGGACAGGAAUCAUAUUACCCUCAGCUGGUUUCCCCAAAACAUAAAAUUGCUCUGCCUGAGAUGGCUGACCUUCCCUCAGAUGACCAUCAUGGCAAGGACAGCAUUCUCUCUCUGCUGUGCAAAAAGGACUUUGGCAGUUUCAGAGAGUCUGUGAAAAGAGAACAUGUAUACACAAAGUUUUCAGGUGAAAAGAGCCUCCUACACUACACAGUUGCCAGCGGGGAUGCGGAGAGUGUUGAGCAUGUCUUGAGCCUGGGUGCUGAAGUCAACUGUUCGACUGCCGGAGGUUACACUCCUCUUAUUAUGGCUGUCCUUCACAGGCUACAUGACAUCAUCCCUUUGUUGAUGGAACAUGGUGCAGCUGCCACCCAGGGAGAUGCGGACCAGUGGACACCACUCCAUUUUGCUGCUCAGAACGGCGAUGACAGGACUGUGCGUCUCCUGUUGGACAAAGGAGCUGUGGCGGAUGCCCGGGAAAAAACCGGUUGGAUGCCCCUCCACCUGGCCUGCCAGAAUGGCCAUGAAGCAGUGGUGCGCCUGCUGCUUUCACGGCUGUCAGAGGAAGCAGUCAGAGAACAGGAGGCACAAGGGAGGACACCGCUCCACCUUGCCUCCGCUUACGGGCAUCAGAAUAUUGCCAAGCUCCUCCUCUCUCAGGGAGCAGAUCCCAACGCUACCGACUGCUCUCUCUCCACUGCUCUUCACUUAUCAGCUGAAGAUGGCCAUAACAGAGUAGUCAGACAGUUGCUGAAGAGUGGGGUGAAUACUGACAGUGCAGACAGCAGAGGCUACACUCCACUCCACCUGGCUGCUAUGAGGGGUCACACAGGCAUAUGCAGGCAGCUGUUGUCGAACGGGGCCAACCCAGACUCCAGAAGCCUCCAAGGUUGGACUCCCAUCCACCUGGCUGCUCUACGGGGACAUGAAGCCACGGUGGUCCAGCUGGAGAGUCAGGGUUCUUGUGUUAAUGCGGGAGGUAAGAAUGGAUGGACACCACUCCACCUCGCCUGCCACCAGGGUGAGCCAGAAGUCGUGGCAAAGCUUCUGGAAGCCAAAGCUGACCCAAAUGUGUCAGAGGACAGUGAAGGAUGGACACCGCUACAUGUAGCUUGUUCCAGUGCCAGUUUACCAAGUGUCCUCCACUUGAUAUCGCAUCAUGCAGAUGUCAACUCAGUAAACUCUGGAAAGUUAACACCUUUACACAUGGCUGCCCAGAAUGGCUACAUGCCCAUUGUAAAGGCUCUGCUGGUGAAUGGAGCCGACAGGACUCUGAGGGACUCUUCGGGAUCCACAGCUCUGAAUAUCGCCCAGAAGUGUGAAAAAUGGGAAAUAGUUCAACUACUGGAGGAGUGAUUUUGGUGAAAUAUAAUCCUGCUGUUGAGUGCGGAUUUUACUAAAGCAGUUUCAAGCCAGAUUUAGAUUUUUUAAAAAUGUUUUACCAUUUUUUUUGAAUAGACAGAUUUUCAUUAUUAAAUUAUAAAAAAAUAUAAGUAAAAUGCAUAUCAACUUCUUACAGUAUUUAAUAAUGAUAAUAAUACACAAGAUUCCAGUUUAUUGUUUACAAACAAAUAAAGUUUUUGUUACAUCAGAUGUACCACAUAAGGUCUUGCCAUUUUCUGCUGCCAAAUCACAUUUACACAGGAUUCCAAUGGUGAUGAAAUUCCUGGAAAGGUUCUGAAAUUAAAGAAACUGUUUUCAAGGCCUGGGGAUAAUAAAAAAUGUUAUGCAAAUCCAAGCAUGGAUGUGAAAUAGGUUAA